CAGAGGGGAAGGAUGGCGUCUGUGAAUUGGGUGAAAUGAGGUGAUGACUGCGGACAAUGGAGUCACACUCUUCUGCCGGCCUCUCACAGAGACGCCACUCUAUUAAUAUGCUAAGAGAUAGGAGGGCGGCGGAGGCAGGCCGCUGCCUGUUGCAGCAACAAAGAGCGGGGCAUGUGUGCCAUUCAGCGGCUCCUUCUGAGCGGGCCAUGUGUUAUCCACAAAGAAAGGUAGAAGUUGAGCAAGACAUAAAAAGAGAAAGGAGAAGUGUCCCUGUGUCUGUCCCCCAGCUGUAUGCCAGUUUUCUUGCCUUCUCCAGCUUCUGGCCCGUUCACAAGCUGUCUCAUUUGCAUUAUGAAUGACAGUGAGGGGAGCUAACAAGGUUAUUGGGCUUUGAGACGCACGCCUGUGACCACACGUGGAAAAAGGACCUACAGCAGUGCACGCUGGCAGCCGCACUGAGCUUCUUUAUUCCCUCUUUUCCAAGCGCCAUGGGGCUUUUUUUCAGCGCGCACACGAUUUACUCAGGAGGUGGAAGAAAAGGGGCCGGGCUGGGGAGCGGCUGAGGGUGGCUGCUUUUCAGCUGCUUUACAAGCCAAGCGAAGCCUCAUUAUCCAGGCCUCUGGUCAUUAGAGAGCGCUGCGCUCUGCGAGCGGAUUUAUUAGCCGGCUGCUAAAUUUCCAUGUUAUGUUGUUUCAUGGUGGCAUGCACUGGAUCUGCAUUGUUUCUGUGAAUGCCGGUAAAACAAAAAGAUUUCCGAUUCGCCAUGUACCCUCCCUCCAUGAUCGCUACAGGAAGUGUGGGGGCCGCCAUCUGCGGCCUGCAGCUGGACUCGGCUGACCACUGUCAGUGGGGGGACAGCCUGACGGACCUGCUGGCCAAGAUCACCAACACAGAAGUGGACGUUUUGAAGGAGUGCCAGGAGCAGAUCGAGCGCGUUCUGGAGAGCAGCCUGCGUGAAGGGCGGCAGCAGCAGCAGCAGCAGCAGCAGACUCAGAGAGGGCCCAGUGGGAAAGGCCUGGACGAGCUGGACCAGUCCUCCACACCCACAGAUGUCCGGGACGUCAACUUGUGAAGCACCAGGGGGCGCCGUUGCACAGGAUUUACAAAAACCUUUAAAAGCGUCAUGAAAAAAACUUCAGUUUUCAUAAAAGCAGAAAAAAAAAGAACAAAAGACCAAAAAUCAUUAAAAACAAACGCCCUUUAAAAGAAAUGCAAGGACAGUGCUUUCUAGCUUUGUAGAUAAUCUGUCCUCCAAGUGAAAAAAUAUGAAAUCGGUUUUCUAUGAUGCUCUGGUCUAAAAGCAACAAUCUGAUGAAGCUCUGCGGUGCCUUGGAUAUAGAGAAGGGAAGCCAAUCAUAUCUGCAUUCUGCCUUUGAUUGCCUUGUAUGACCUUUACUUUAAAAAGCUGCAUACACAAGAUAACAGCGGAGCUUAUGUUAUUUCUUUUCUCUUUUUUAUUUUUAAAGAUUAUUGUCACCAUUGCAUUAUGAGCUGGUGUACGAGAGGAUGUGUCCUCCACUGCCACGCAACGGUGAGAGGAAGACAAAAGAACUUUGUAGAAAGAGCCAGAAGGUCCCAUUUCCAGGCUGGCAUGAUAACAAUUAUUAGUGGUAUUAGUUUUUAUGAUUAUUAAUACUGCCAUUAGAAAUCUUUUGGAACUUCAUAGUGGAUCAAUAAGCUCCUUGUGUCAGGCUGCUUGUAUGCAUCGGUGGAUGCAGUUUGCUUGUGUGUGUGCGCGUGUGUAAAUCUGUACAUUAGCAGUCUGCAGCAUGAGGCACUUACAAGAAAAUACCAGACAGAGCGAGUGGAGGCUGCGCAUGCUUUGUCAAUCCUUAUAACAGGGCAUCUAUGCUAAAUCACUGCCUUAAUGCAUUAACAGUGCAUCCUAAUUCAUUGUCGGUCCCUGAACCUAAAGGAUGGACAAUGACUGAGACGUACAGAGGCGUGGACAAAGGGACGUGCUUUAGAGUCCCGUAUGUGUCUCCUGAGCUCCUCAGACUCAGAAUAUGAGCU